AUGAGUCAGUCUGCAGCAUUAAAACUUCCCGAUUCUAAUUCAAAAGAAUUCAAAUACGAUCGUCAAUUACGUUUGUGGGGUGAUCAUGGACAAAAAGCUUUAGAAACUGCUCAUAUUUGUUUAAUUGGUGCUAAUUGUCUUGGUACAGAAAUAUUGAAAUCGUUAAUAUUACCCGGUAUUGGACAUUUUACAAUUAUUGAUAAUCAACUUGUUACUCAUGCAGAUUUAGGUACUAAUUUUUUUCUUGAAUCUAAUUCAAUUGGUCAACCACGUGCUCAAGUCACAUGUGAAUUAUUAAAUCAACUCAAUCCAGAUGUUAGUGGUGAUUAUUUGAACGUUUCAUUAGAAGAUAUUUUAAAACAACAAAUGUAUCAAUUUGACAAAUACCAGUGUGUUGUUUUAGCUAAUACGUUGAAUAUAAGUCAACAAACAUUAUUAACAUUAGCCAAUCGUUUAUGGAGCGCACAUGUACCGUUGAUUGUCUGUAGAACAAAUGGUUUUAUUGGUCAGAUUCGUUUGCAAGUUAGAGAGCAUUAUGUAAUUGAAGCUCAUCCCGACGAUACUAUACCGGAUUUACGUUUAGAUCAUCCAAUAUCAGAAUUUCUCAGCUAUUGUAAUAACAUUAAUUUUCUUACAUUAAAACGUGAAGAACAUGGUCAUUUACCAUCGUUAGUCAUUCUUUUUAAAACUCUUCAAUUGUGGCAACAUGAAAAUAAAAAAUCAUCGUCCGAUUUACCUCGUACACGUCAAGAAAAAGACAAUUUUAAAAAAAUAAUAACGCAACUAUCAAAACAUCCUGAACACGACGAAGAAGAAAAUCAAUCAGCAAAUAUCGAAAAUUUUGAAGAGGCUAAACGAACAAUGUUAUCACGUUUAGUAGAAACGAAACUAUCACCUCGAUUAAAAGAAUUAUUUCAAGAUCAACAGUGUUUACAAUUGACACAACAAUCCAAUUUAUUCUGGUUUCUCAUAGCAGCUAUUAAACAAUUUGUUGAAAAUGAAGGACACGGGUAUGAUCUUCGUGAUAAUAUCGAAUAUCCAACUAGUAAUAUGAACAGAGAGUGA